AAACAGUUGCUUAUGUUUAUAACUGGCAUCGGAGGCUCCAGUAAAAGCCAUGUGAUUUGCACGACAGUCGAAAUGUUCAGACAAUGUGGGGCUCUGGAGAAAUUAACAUUGAGCGCACCUACAGGUAGUGCCGCUGUCUUGAUCGAUGGCUACACAAUCCAUGCAUUGACCUUUUUACCAAAA